CAGCAAAGUACCUCUUCCCUGGGCGCAAAUAUCUUUCGACGUGCAUUCCUGGAGGCUCGUACCAACAGAAACAACAGUACUAAAAAUUAUAGGAAGCUAGGCAGUCCGGACGCCACUAAGAUAGCCUUGAUCUGUUCGUUGUAUCAAACUGCGUUGCACACGCUCACGCAAAUGAAAAUUGAAAUACUAACCGGACUCUGCUACCAAGGCAAAAUUCUCUACCACAUGUGGUUAUUUCUGACUACAUUGGGACCGCACUGUGGACUCAAGGCAUUUCUAGACCUCCUGGCUGCCAAUACUAAGUGCACGGCGCCCGAAUUCCAGAUGUUGAUAUUGUUCGCCGAUUGUAUGACGCAUUACGUUACCAUUCUCGAUGACAUGGAGAUGUACGAGCAGCAAGAUCCCUUCAAGCUCACGGACUUUAUCACCAUGUCGUACUUUUUAAAUCAAUUCUUGUACAAAGCAGUUCUCACUAAUUUAUUCGACGUGAAAUCAGUGUCUAGCAAUCCCCUGUUCAUCUCGCUUUACAUUCUCCUGAUGGCGAUUUAUCGACGCGAUUGUCGUAGAACAUUCUGCCCGGAAGGUCACUGGUUAGCCAAGGAAGUGCGAGUGUCCGGUUUCUUGGCCGAUUUGGAAAAGGGUCGUCGCGGCGCGGCACUUUUGCUCUCAAAGAUGCCCCAUGUUAUCCCCCAUUCCGAGCGGGUUGUAUUAUUUCGCAAGCAUAUAGCCGAUGAGAAAGCGGUGAUGGGUUUGACCGAGAGUGCUUGUAACAGUCCACCGACCACGUUAAUUGUCGUACACAGAACACGUAUAGUAGAGGAUGGAUACAGACAAUUAGCCAUGUUGCCAUCGCAAGCGUUGAAAGGCGUGAUUAGGGUGCGUUUCGUGAACGAGCAAGGUCUGGCUGAGGCCGGCAUUGAUCAGGACGGUGUUUUCAAGGAGUUCCUGGAAGAGACAAUAAAGCGAGUGUUUGAUCCGUCCUUGAACUUGUUCAAAGCUACCAGCGAGAACCGACUUUAUCCAUCACCCACGUCUUUCAUGCAAGACAAUCACUUGCAACUCUUCGAGUUCGUUGGGCGGAUGCUUGGCAAAGCGGUUUACGAGGGCAUCGUCGUGGAUGUGCCUUUCGCGUCAUUUUUCGUCUCGCAAUUUUCCGGACAAACGGGCGGCGCGUUGUACAGCUGGCUCGACGAGCUCGCCUCGUUGGAUCGCGAUCUCUACCGCAGUCUGACCUUGGUGAAGCAUUACAAGGGCGAUAUCCGGCAGCUAGAGUUGACGUUCUCGCUCGAUGAGGACGUGCUCGGCAAACUGGUCACGCACGAGUUGAUCCCUGGCGGACGCACCACCGCCGUGACUAAUCAGAACAAGAUUCAGUACAUCCAUCACAUGGCGCAUUACAGAAUGUAUCAUCAGAUCAAGGAGCAAACGACCGCCUUCAUCAAAGGAUUCCGCUCGAUCAUUAAUCCCGAGUGGCUGUCGUUGUUCUCGACGCCCGAGUUACAGAGAUUAAUUUCGGGGGAUAAUGUUCCUUUGGAUCUGCGAGAUUUACGAAAACAUACGCAAUAUUACGGCGGAUUUCACGACAGUCAUCGAGUGGUAUGCUGGCUGUGGGACAUCCUGGAGAAGGAUUUUACAGAAGAAGAAAGAGGCUUGUUUUUAAAGUUCGUGACGAGUUGCUCAAAGUCACCUUUGCUGGGUUUCGCCCAUUUAGAGCCACCUUUCUCCAUACGAUGCGUGGAAGUCUGUGACGAUGAGGAUACCGGCGACACAAUUGGCAGCGUGAUCAGAGGUUUCUUCACGAUUCGUAAGAAGGACCCACAGAACCGAUUACCCACCUCGUCCACGUGUUUCAACCUGCUCAAACUGCCAAAUUAUCAAAAAAAGAGCACACUACGAGAGAAACUGCGCUACGCCGUCACCAGCAACACCGGUUUCGAACUCUCCUAAAUCCUACCAGUUGUGUAACUUCAAUCUUGAGAUGUGAAAUAGUGACGAACGAAUUUAUCAAAAUAUGUGCGUAUUUUUGAAACGAGGUGAGUUUUGAUCGGACACGCAUGAGAUUUCACAAGGUCCGAAAAGUUGGCUGAUACGACUGAUACCUCAAAAAAAGCCGAUUCUGUAUAAAGUGAUGUCGAGUGGUGUCUAAACUGCUCCCUUAUCCCUAUUUAGUGCAUAAUUUACAGACCGAUUGAACGCGUGUCGUCGGUUUGAAUAUUGAUUUUCACGGACGAUGCUAAGUUUAAGAAAAAUCAUUAAAAUGCAUCGCAAUCCAAAGACGACAUUGCGUUGUUUGGAAAUAGAUACGGAUAGAAUUUUGUGAACGUGAGAAAAUGUACAAUAUAAGAAUAUACAUAAUAACGAGAGAUAACUAUUAAGCGCAUACGUAUACAUAUAUUUAAAUGAGUUUCUUGGUACGAUGAAAGCUAAGUAUUUUAGAAAAUAAUUUAAAAUUUAUA